AGCAAACUCAGCAACACGAAUAGCUGGAGAAAAUGAUUCUAUCCUUACUCUCUUAUGUUGGAAUAGUGCUUGGAUUUCUGUUCCUCACACUUUCCAUUGCAUCUGGACUGUACUAUGUUUCUGAACUGGUUGAAGAGCAUACCGUGUCCACUAAGAAGUUCCUUACGAUGAGCAUCUACGUCAUUGUCGGUAUAUACGUACUGCUUUUGGUAUUUGACUCCUUCCCAUGGAAGCUGGUCUCGUUCUCCAUCUUCACACAGUGGGUCUACUAUCAAAACUUGAAACGGUUCCCUAUGAUUGAGUUCACCAGUUUGUCGUUCCUCGCGUCGUGCGUACUAGUCGUGAUGAACCAUUUCCUGUGGUUCAAGCACUUUUCUCAAAACCAGACAACAUUUGCUGAGGUUGCUUCCUUCUUUGGUGUGUGUGUAUGGUUCAUACCGUUUGCACUGUUUGUCAGUCUCAGCGCAGGUGACAACGUGCUUCCAAGCACCACUCAUUACAAGAAGAACGAUGACGUUCAUUCAAGUGGCAGAAACCAAGGGCUUGCUAAGGUGAUCAUUGGAACAGUGAGGGACUGGAUAUACAAAGUUUCACGCUCAAUGGGAUAUGAACUGGAUCCAAAUCAUGGAAGAAUAAUAUGAUAUAUAAUCUACUGACAAUGUAUAUACACUAAUAAUAGC